GAGGCGACUGGUUUGGAGAAACGUCGGCUCAUAAACUUUCCGCGUUUGUGGAAUUAGGAUAGAUAAACGAUAAUUAUUUAAUAUAGCUAAGUCAGUAGAUUUGAACAAAGAUAAAAUAUCGGAAUGGAUCCGUUUACCGAGAAACUCCUGGAGAGGACCCGUGCUCGCAGGGAGAACCUGCAGAAGAAGAUGGCAGAGAGGUCCACUGCUUCCAACAGACAGAUGGCCAAGAGAGCUAGGGAGCCUCUGGCUGAGACUUGCAACAGCCUGGUCACAGAGCCUGUCGUCGACAAAGCCCCCCAACAUUCCACCAAGCCCUCUCCCUCCAAGCGGAGUCGUUCAGGUGAACUUGACAAGCCCACCAUUAUUGGUGAGGAGAACAGGGAGCCUGCAAUGCCUCCUCGCACCCUGACCCCUACUCAGUCAGAUCCCCAGACUGACAGGAAGGCCCCAACAGACCCAGCCAGCAUCCUCUCUGCCUCUUCUCUAGAGAGGGUGGAUGUCUGCCCUGCUCCUCCCAUUCCUGAACCAGGGCCCAUGGUGGCAACACAGCUUGUCCCAGAGCAGGUCAGGACCAGGGAGGUAGCGCGCCCUGCCCCAAAACCAGAGAAGGUGGCUGUGAGUGCUGCUCCACAGAGGACCAGGGAUGUGGAGGUGGUGCCUACUAGCCCAGUUCUUCAGAGGAGCAGAGAAGAGCAGAGGGAGGCUCCCACCUCCUCCACCCCUGCUGCCAUGAAGUCUCGCCUGGCCAGACUAGCUGAACAGAGGCAGUACUGGGACUCUGAAGGUACAUCUGAGGUUCCAGACAUCCCAGCAACUCUGUCUCCAGUGAAGAACCAGACACAGUCGAGGCAGGCUGUAGCCCCAGUCCCCACACCCGUCCAUGCUGCUGCGUCCUCAGAGGCCCCUGUAGGCAGGAAGGGUCGGCUGGCCAACCUCGCAGCCACCAUUGGGUCCUGGGAGGACGACCUCAGCCACGCGGCCACUCGCAGCAGCAGAGACAAUGCACAAGGGAAGCCUGGUAGUGUCAGUACCGCCACCCCUGCUUGGAGGAGAGAGGCUGGAGCCAAACCCACCUCUGCUGCUGCAGACCGUCCACAAAUGAGUCAGUCAUCAAACAGAAAGCCUGCUCUGGAUUCCAACCAGCAGCCUGUCCACUCCCCAGUCAAGUCCACCAGAGCGUUCCCCCCCAGCCCUCAGAAGACUGAAGUACCUGAAGCCAGACCAGCUCUACGGACAGGCAGAGGUCUCCCCUCUCCUGUAUCCAGUCCCCAGAGGAGUUACCAGGGGAGAGCCUCAGCCUUCACCCCCAGCCCCCAGAAAGGUGCUCUCUCCUCAGCCUCACCUGUGCCUCAGAGCCCCCUGAAGAACCAGGCCCUGUCCCGAGCCCUGGAGGUCAACGGUAGCCCCGAGAAGCCAGAGCUCCCCACACAGCCCUCCACCAUCGGGCCCACUGGACCCUCUGUCCUGCAGACCAGGGAGAGGUUCACCAAGGAGACCACCCCGGCCACUCCCCUGCAGCAGCGAGGCACUGCUGGAGCAACUGGAAAUCCAGCAGGUGUCAAGUCGUUCAUGGAGCGUUUUGGGGAGAGGUGCCAGGAGCGUUCUGGCCUGAGUUCCCCUGCUACCUGCCAUGGAGCAGCCACUCAUAACCCAAAUGUAGUGAACCCGUCUCGGGCAGGCCUGGCUGGUCGUACCCCUGUAGUGAGCCAGUCUGUGACCCCCAACACCAGGCUGGUGCAGGAGAGGCUGAGAGCUGCCCAGGCUGCCAACACUGCCACCGCCCUUGCACAGAAACAGAAACUGGAGCGUGAGUCGGAAUUGGCUCAGAUUCGUAACCGUUUCCAGAAAGGGAACAGCAUUUGGAAGAACAAGGAGGAGGUGGCAGACACCAAGAAACUCACACAGGCCAAGGAUCUGAUUGAGCAGCCUGAGGAGAGAGGGCCUGUUGUCUCCCAGGCUGAUGAUGAGCCAACAGCUUCCCCUCUGGAUAGCCUGAAUGCUGCUCCCAAGAAACCCACCACCCCAACCUCCAUCCCUGUGAAGAGAGUAGAAUUCUCCGUGGAGAAGCCUUCUGAGGAAGAAACACAGGAGGAGGAAUCAGACGAAGAAGAGAGUCAUGAGAUGGAGAUGAACGUGGACCAGUCCAACAACUCUGAGAUCAACAACUUUGACGGGUUCCAGGACCAGAGUGAGGAGCUGAGUGGUGAGGAGGGUGAAGGAGAAGAGGAGGAAGAUAAACUGAACAUCUCCUCGAUGUCCAUCCUGGCCCCCUUCUCUGAGUCUGUGGCUGCUGUGAUCAAGAGCCCAGUAAGGAAGAUGAUGACGUCGACCCCAGCCAGUUCAUUCAACGCUAAGAGCCAGACUCCUGACAUUGUUUCCAGACCCAGUAAGUUCCAAAGGGCUCGCUUGCUCCGGGCUGGAUCAUCAGACAGCCUAGAGACAGACGAACAUGAGGACCACAACCUGCCCUACAGUAUUGAUGCGUACAGGUCGACCAGGAUCAAGGAGAGUACCGAGAGGCCCUGUGUGAAGCAGGUCAUCGUGAAGAAGGAGGACGUGUCUCGGAGAGCAGCAGAGGAGCCCAGGAGCCAAGGACACACCAGCAUCAAACAGAAGAUGAAGGUUCUGACCUAUGAGAUGAACCUGCAGCAGACUGUGAUCAGCCAGGCUAGCCAGGCCCUGAACUGCUGUACUGAUGAAGAGCAUGGGAAAGGCUCGCAGGUGGAGGCAGAGGCUGAGAGGCUGCUGCUCAUAGCCACGGAGAAGCGGGGGGCACUGAAGGCAGAGUUGGACCGUCUGAAGGGAGAGGGUCCUAGCGGUCAUAGGAGGGGGCAGGGUGGGGACAUGGGGGUCUCCGCCUCCAAGGGAUCCAUCUCUCUCCUGGAGCUACGAUUGCCCCUCAAGGCUGACUUUGUCUGCUCUGCUGCUAACAAGCCAGAGUGGUCCAGCCAUUACUUCUUCAUCAUGAUCCGUGCUGGAGCUGAGAAUACAGUUGCUACUCCACUAGCCAGCACAAGUAGCGCUAUCAGUGGAGAUGCAAUCACCUUCUCUACCAAGUUCACCAUGCCUGACGUCUCUAACGACUUUGCAAUUGAUAUUGAGGUUUACUGCCUGGUGCAGAAGCGCGAGUUGAACCCUGACAAGAGGAAGAAGCCCAGCAAGUCAAAGGCCAUCACUCCCAAGAGGUUCCUCUCUAAGAGCAGUUUGACUCCAGUGGUGGCCAGUCCUGGGGGCCCUAAUACAGUCCGCACCAGUAACUUUGUCCUGGUCGGGUCUCACAAGCUGACUCUUGCCUCAAUUGGGAAAAACAAGUUUCUAUUGGAGAAGGUGCCUUUCCUGUGCCCCAUGGAGGGCCAUAUCUACCUGAAGAUGCAGUAUGAGGUGGGCUCCCUGGUGGAGGAGAGAGGCUUCCUGACUAUGUUUGAGGAUGUGAGUGGAUUCGGAGCAUGGCACAGGAGAUGGUGUGUCCUGUCAGGAUACUGUAUUUCCUACUGGACCUACCCUGAUGAUGAGAAACGCAAGAACCCAAUGGGUCGCAUCAACUUGGCCAACUGCACCAGUCGUAAGGUGGAGCCAGCCAACCGAGAGUUCUGUGCCAGACCCAACACCUUUGAGCUGAUCACCGUCCGGCCUCAGAGAGAGAACGACAGAGAGACGCUCGUCAGCCAGUGUGAAAACACCAUGUGUGUCACCAAGAACUGGCUGUGUGCUGACACAAAGGACGAGAGGAACCUGUGGAUGCAGAAGCUCAACCAGAUCCUGGUGGACCUGCGCAUGUGGCAGCCAGACUCCUGCCACAGGCCUGUGUGAGAGCACAGCUCCCCCGCCUGGACUAGAGGGCUAACAACACCCUGCAUGGUUCUGGGUCUUGCAUAUGGACUGUCACGAUCAGUGACACUUACGAUGACUAAGUGCAAUACAGUAUUAAAGUUAUUAAAUAGGAUUUACAGGUGUAUUAUAUUUUUAGAGAUGCUUUAGUGGACAGUCAAGACAAUUUAAGUCAGGGAUGGGCAACUGGGGGCCCCCUUUUGUAGCCCCCCAUUCUCCAACUUAGUCUGGGUCUCAACCAGGGUUUUCAUUAGGAAAAUGGACGUUUGACCAGCCACAUUUUAAUUUACAGGACAUUUGAGAAAUCUGCCGGAGCCAUAUGUAUUGGCUGCGUAAUCUGAUUAGGGUGUCCACCCACAGUGCUCAGAAUGACAGAAAUCACAUUUUGAUUAUGGUAAGUCAUAUUAACAGAACAUUCAAGUCGGCUGCAGCGAUGUGCGGUCCUGAUUCUGAUGGCCACUUUGAAGAUGUUAGAAUAACUGUCCACAUUUACCUUUCCUCGGCCAACAACACGAGCAACGGACAGCAAAACCACUAGCUAUGUCAAUCUACUAUCCUUCAUAGUAGAAAAGUUGACCUAUUCUAUUGGUCAGCUUGUUGAGAAAUAGCCUAUUCCAAACAGACUCUGAGACCAUAAUGGGAAGAUGGAGCCCAAAUUCAUACAAUCAGUAGGCCUAGGCGACAUAAAAAAAAUGACCUUAAAGCAAUGAAUCUGGUGCAACCAAUCCAAACGUUUAGCUUAAUGUCGAUAAACUAUGAUCCCAUGGCGCUUGCAGUGCCAGGGUUGUGGGUUCGAUUCCCACAGGGGACCAGUACGAAAAUAUAUGCACUCACUACUGUAAGUCGUUCUGAAUAAUAGCGUCUGCUAAAUGACAAAUGUAAAUGUAUUGACAUUAUAAGCUCAGCAAUGUUCACAAGGCAGUAGGCUAUGUGCAAAUGUUUGUUCCAUAAUACAGUUACUGGGAAAAGACCAAAAGAGCACCGCACCUGCAAGCAGUUUCGUGUGAUAGAUGAAAAUAUCCGUUAGACAUUUAGAAAGGAGAUCUAAUAGGCUAGGUUCAGGUUUCAAACAAUGAAGUAUAUGUUUUCAAAAUGCAUAGCCUACUGCCUCCAAAGUGGUGUGUGACGCGCUGAUGAAGCCUGUCUUCUGUUGCUGUUUGAGAUGCUGCAGCAGCUCUCACUGUCUUACAUAUGUUCCGCUCUGUCUGUAUGCUUUAGGGGUGUGAUAAAUAAGAUGCAUAAAGAAUAUACUGUAGCCUACGCAUGCGCCAAUUUAAUUCCACUAAAUGAUGCAAAUGAACCUAUAGACCGAUAAGCAUGACAAGUCAAAUGUAUUUCCAUCAAUGAAUAGGCAACAACAACAAAAACAUUUCACAAUGGGAUUCCCCCCCCGGACAAUUUACAGGUGCAACUUUAUAUCGUCUUUUCAACUUACCGUUGAGAGGUAGAAUUUAGAAAUGUGGUUGUGCAUCAGCAGUUUAUGUUAAGGCAGUCACUCAAUUAUCCCAUGUCAGCAAAAAUGUUUUUGAUUGGUAAAUUAGUCAUGGUCGAAUUACAGAUGGGGCCCCCAUUUAGUCCGCUGUCAAGGGGGGCCGUUUAAAAUGUUUUUCUCGAGGUCACUGCAUGUGUGUUUAUGGAUGUGGGUACUCAGACCCACAAGCCACUGGGGCCCCUCAUGAUGAGUUAGGAUUUUGUGGGCCCCACCCUUAUCAACGUUGCUUAUUCCUGGUUUAAGUUAUGAGUGUGAGAGAAAUAUCAGUAAAGCCAUACUUGUGUAGAUAUUUCAGUAUUGACAAGGGCUGCUGGUGCUUUUACACAGUCCACACUGACCCUGUAUUUUAUACGCACGUCCAAAGUGUUGGGAGGCCAUAACCUCAAAUAUUUGAGAGAAUUGAGAAAGUAGCAUUUUGGUUGUCUAUGCUUAUACUCCCACGAUGCAUCUUGCUGACGAGAUAUGGCUUCAUAGGUUGACUUGUCUAAUUUAACAUUUUGAAUCAAUAUUUAAGUUGAUGUGUCACAAAACCAAUUCUAGAAUUGUCGGUGUGAAGGUUAUGCACCAGAAUAUUGUGUGUGAAUGCUCCACUUUUUCAUAGUAUUGGGAGAAUGGCAUGAUUGAAAGCACUGUUGAACAACCGUAACACCUAUCUGAUGAUUUUAGAUUUAGCCACACAAUUCUCUACUUCAAUACCCUUUUCCUUUUUUGCUAUUCCCUUUUUUCCCCCUUUGCAAUCUUAGCUAACCUUAUAUUUAUCAUGUUGCGCACUGUGGGUAGAACCUUCUAGGCUGUCGAGACUACCGAACAAAAAGGCCUUUAAUAUUGUUUGUUUUUAUGUCAAUGUUUUAUAUUUUUGUGUCCAGGUUUUAAAGGGUUACAGUUAAACAGGGGGUGUGGAUCUGCAGGUAUUGGUAUAUUAUACCACCAUUCUAUUGUAAUGGAAAACUUUGACAGUUGAGAUUAUUGCAAAUCCUUUUUUGUAUGGGCAGAUUUCUAUUCUCAUUUUAGUAUAGCUAGCUCUACACUGUCAUUAAGUUAAAAGCUUAUUCUCAGUUCAAGUUUUAAGCAUGUGCUUGGAGGACUGAAGAUGCUAUUCGCUCUUGUGAUUUUUACAGUGAUGUUUUGGGGAGGGUAAUAUGCCUUAUCUACCCAUUAAUUAGUGCACAAAAUGUUAAUUAUUCUCCAAAUGUUGGCAGUUCUAUCAUAUCCCCUGAUCUGUCCUGUCUAAAUGCCAGUCUUUCAUUGGAACAACAAGCACUCCAAAGAUUCAUUGGAUGUACUGGUAUUUCUAAAAAUGAGACUUAAAUAAAAGCCAGCUUUAACCAAAA